UGUAUUUAUAUAUGUGUGAUAGAGAACAGAGCGGAUAAGAUGCCCCUGCCUAUGGGCCUAGCUUUACUUUCACGCAACAGAAAUAACAAUAUAAUUUUUAAACCGAAAGUAAAGCUGCUGAAAGACCAACCUCUAACUCGUCCGUUUUGACGCUCCUGUCGAAAAUCAAUGCCCAAAACUGUCCAACAAAAUUCUUUACAUCCGAUAAUGCAUGUCAGCGAUUCCUUUUACCCCCGCUUUAUCAUUCCAUUGUCACUCGACCGUGACUGUACAGUUUUAAAAGAUGGCGGAUGUCACAAUUUAACUAAAGACGAUGACCAAAGGAUGGCUUUGGAAUAGGACCGGUCGAUUUCAACGAAAGUCAUUAAAAAGGAUUUUUGACAAUGGGAAAGAAACACAUGGACUUCAAGAUGGAUCUGUUCAAGUGAUGCUUUGAUCCUUCCACACUUGUGUUCUUAGCACCUGUGUUCUCACCCAGGUCCCACAAUGGAUGUUCCUGGCCUUGUGUAUCGGCUUGCACUUUUCCUGUUGGUGUGUAUACAGAAUAUCUACACAUGUCCACUGUCUUGUAAUUGUGUGUGGUCGGGAGAUGUCAAAUGCCAGCAAGCCACAAUGAAAGAAAUUAUCUACAACCUCCCUCCAGAGACCUCAAAACUCCAAGUCAGACAAACAACUACGACUACCUUUACCCAAUCUGACUUCAACACAUCUAAGAUUAUCGUUACCCUUAAAAUAUAUGACAGUUACAUUAAUGGGAUCGAAGAAGGCUCUUUCACUUCCAUGAAAUAUCUCACAACUUUAAACCUUACCCGCAAUAACUUGCGCAUGAUAUCAAAAAAUGCUUUCCUGGGACUGAACCUUUUGACAACAUUAGAUUUGUCGCAUAAUAAUAUUCAGAGCAUUGAUGAAGUGUUUUACACUUUGGACAAACUAAAGACUCUGUACAUCAACAGCAACUCGCUAACAGCGAUACCCAGUGGGGCAUUCAGUGCUCAGAAACAGCUGCAGUAUCUUCAACUGGACCAUAACGAGUUCCAGAGCCUGAUAGGAAGCCCCUUUCAGGGCCUAUCCUCCUCCUUACGGAGGUUAUAUAUGAGGGGGUGUGGCCUGAACUCCAUUGGUUCACUGCUUACUCUUCGUAACCUGAAUAGCUUGGAUUUAGGCGAGAACUCCAUAUUUGAGAUGCCUCCUAAUUCUCAGCUGCGUUCUGCCUUUCCAUAUUUGCGGUUUCUUUUCUUGGACAGAAAUAAGUUUAAUCGUCUUGCAGAUGGACAGUUUUCAGACAUGAAUCUGGAUAUGUUAGAUUUAGCAUCAAACAAACUGGAUCAAGUGACCAACUCCUUGUUCAACAGACUGUCUGUGCAACAUUUGAAUCUUUCCAAUAAUGCCAUUAUAAAUGUGGCUGACCAAGCAUUCCGACAAACAAAAUCACUCAUCACUUUAAACCUGGCCCAUAAUCCUAUUGGCACAUUCUCACCAGAAGUGUUUCGUAAUAUGUAUACUCUGCGGGAGCUAAACCUAUCUGCCUGUGCUCUCAAUAGUUUAAGUGAGAACCAAUUUUUAGAUAUAUUCCUAACCAUGUUGGAUAUUUCACGUAAUUCUCUCCCAUUUCUUCCUCAAGGUCUGCUUGAUCGUCUGACAAUGGUCAAGUUAUACUUUUAUGAGAACCCCUGGCACUGUGAUUGCCGAAUAGCUGCACUGAAGCAGUGGCUUGAGAUGAAAUGGAGAUGUAACUCAAUGAUGUUCCCCGUGGAAUGUGAGACCCCGGUGUGUAUGUCACCCCAGUCACUCACCCAGCGAUCAAUCAAGGACCUUACAGAGGGGGAGAUUAACACCUGCAAAACAGCUGAACAGAAUGACUCUCCUGAUGUAGGCCUUGCUGUGGGCAUAGCCACCGGAGCCGUCCUUGUGUGUCUUAUCAUUGCCAUUAUCAUCUUUGUCCUCUGUCGACGAAGAAAAAACAGUAAAUCUGGAGGUCAGUUUCACCUUUGUCGAUCACCUGCUUCAGAUGUAACAAGUCAUAAUGAGAAAUUUGAGAAAUCAUCUAAACCACAGGUUAAGCCUUUCAGUGAUGGAGAUCAAGUGUCAAUCCAAUCUGACAAAAGCUUUGUUGUGAGGCACUACUUUCAGACAAUGGUGUCCACUGAUCCUAAUGCAAUGUCCAAUCCACCUGAGAGAAUGCGUAGGGAUACGUUUAGGACUACUUACAGUGGAUCUAAUCCCUCAUUGGCAAGUUCUGCAUAUAGUUAUCCAAUCGGAAGGGAGACAGCUAUAUGACAAAUCACAAUGUUUUAAUUGUUUUUAUAACCUGGAGGACAAAUUCAAGCUGCUUUAAAGAAUCACAAACCACAGUGUCAGUACAUGUAUAUUUACUAUGUGAAACAGUUAGGCAGACAAGGCACAUAAAUAUUUACUAUAUAUUCUUUAUCAACUGUACGAGAUUUAUGUAUAACAUGUUAAAUUUCCAUAGACAUCAUAGAUCUUGUGAUUUUCCCCCUUAAUUCCACUCACUUUAUAAUCACCCAAUAUGUCACUAUUGAACAGUGUCACGAUUUCAUAUUUUUGUGAUAUAUGACACAUAGAUAAAUGGAAAUAAGUAUUUGUGUACUAAAAGGAUUCUAGUACGCUUAUUGUCAUUAAAGGGGCAUAGACACGAUUCUUUAUGGAAUGAAAUUGACAGUUUUUUGUUAUAGAAAUAAAGAUCUUUCAUAAAUAAGUGGAUUAAAAAUAUUCUUACACGGGAUAUAAUUUGUAUUUACAUAAAAUCCCACUCCCCAAAUCAUGUUUGUCAACACACUUCCGGCUUGUCAUUGCUAGGAAACCACAUGUGGUGGCGAGAACACCAAGGGUUCUAAAAAUUAUGUUAAAAGCAUUAAUACAUUAAUGAUAAUUCAAUUUAGGGAGCAAGAAGAAAGAACAGAACAUUUUUGUUGUAAAAGUUUCACCCAAGCUGGCAUCACGCUGAUGUUGAGUUAUGUGAACGGGGCUCAAGCCUCAUUUUGAAAAUAAUCAGUGCACAUGUCUCAAAUACAGUCUCAAAUACAUCUUUGCAUCAGUUUUUGAAAUUUAGGUUUGCUGCCAUGUUUUACACAAAUCAAAUACUUUCAUAUCACACCAAUCAUAAAUAAUAUUUUGUACCAAAAUCAUGUCUAUGCCCCUUUGAUGCCCAAUAGCUUUCCAUGCUGACACAAGUUUUAUCAGUAUUAAUUUUGUUCUAGGUAAAAAAAUUUUUUAUAUUUUUACAGUUCUGGGGCCCUGGUGUUUACUCUAGAGACUGGGAGUGGAAUUGUAGCAAUUUACAUAUCAUCCUCAAGCAUUUUUAGUACCAUGUCCGCACAGGCACUCAACGUUUUAAAUAUAUCUAUAAUAAAAAAAAUUGUCUUCCUGUAAACAUAAUAUUAUGUUUACAAGAAGACGAUUUUUUUUAUUAUUAUAGACAUUUAAAAUGUCAAGUGCCUGUGCAUGUCCGGCCUGUUUGUGUAUGAUUUACUACAUGUAUUCUGCUCUAUGAUGAAAUAAUUAACACAUGAAAUGUAAAUAUGGUAUAAGUUUGGUGCAAUCUUAUAAAACAAUUGUCAAAGAUUUAUAUUGAUAUGCCACAAUUCUUCAUAAUUUAUUUAGAUUUCUGAACUUAGUGAAGCUAAAAAAAAUUAUUACUCAAAUAGACUCGGAUACAGAUGUAUUGAGAAAUUCAUUUAUUAAAUGGUAACUUUGAAUAAGAAAUCGUAUACUGACUCUUUACUAGAUAUGAAAUAAUCAAUGCUAGAAAUUUUACACACGAUAUGCAGUAAAUCUGAAAGUCUUUGCAGAGACAUGUCAAUAUUGGGUCAAAAUGCAAUUGAUAUAUAGUAGAGUAUCAAACAAUUGUGAAACUCAGCUUAUAGAUUUAUUUUUACAACAACAAAAACUUUGCACAUUCAACAUGUUCAAUAGCUAAAAAUCUAUCUAGAACAACAAUAACCAGAUUUACAAUACAAUGUAUUUCAUUCAGAGAAUAAUGGAUUUAAAAUGUGAUAGAUCGGCUGAUAAGUAUACUUCAUUGUGCAUGUUAAUCAAUGUUAUAGGUUACAACUGUAUCGAUACCUAACAAGUCAUUACUAAAAUUGUGGGUACAGAAAAUGUUUGUAAUGACUAUGAACAAAAUCACAGAAUGACAUAAUUUAUAUAAUCUUUAUUGCCAGUAUUUUUUAACGGUGCCUUUUAAAAGCCUUCUGUUAUUUUAAAAGUGUUACUGACAUCUAGCAAUGUGAAUGUGUAACCAUUGUAGCAUAUAUUUUUGUUACAAAAGUUAUGUGUGUCAGUGCAUGUGAAAUGAUUAUUUACUGAUUCAGCUUUAUGUCUGACUCACAUAUGUACAUUUUUUAUCAUAAGGUCUCAUAAUUUAAAAUAUUUUAUAAAGAGAACAAGGAACUUUU